AUGGCCGGAGAUUCUAGAAUCUUCAUGAACCAGGACAUGGACAUCGGAGUUACAUCCAGAGAGCCUAAGAAGAUUCCCAAACAGGCUCGGGAUGAUGUCCCCAUCGCUACUGACCGAACCCGCCUCAUAUCGGCAGAAGGUAAGAAGCCACGUCAGCGUUACAUGGAGAAAAGCGGCAAGUGCAACGUGCAUCAUGGAAAUGUCCAAGAAACCUAUCGAUACCUUAGUGACCUCUUCACUACGCUGGUGGACCUCAAGUGGCGUUUUAAUCUUCUUGUCUUUACUAUGGUCUAUACCAUCACUUGGUUGUUUUUUGGGUUCAUAUGGUGGCUCAUUGCCUAUAUCCGGGGAGACCUGGACCAUCUUGAAGAUGAGAACUGGAUCCCCUGUGUUGAAAAUCUCAGUGGAUUUGUUUCUGCAUUUCUGUUUUCUAUCGAGACUGAGACAACAAUUGGGUAUGGCUAUAGGGUCAUAACGGAGAAGUGCCCGGAGGGCAUCGUACUGCUCCUGAUCCAGGCUAUUCUGGGCUCCAUUGUCAAUGCGUUCAUGGUGGGAUGCAUGUUUGUCAAGAUCAGCCAACCAAAGAAGAGGGCUGAAACCCUCAUGUUUUCUAACAACGCAGUGAUUUCCAUGAGGGAUGAGAAGCUCUGUCUCAUGUUCCGGGUUGGAGACCUCCGCAAUUCCCACAUUGUCGAGGCUUCCAUUAGAGCCAAACUGAUUAAGUCCAAACAGACCAAAGAAGGAGAGUUUAUCCCCUUGAACCAAACGGACAUCAACGUGGGAUUUGACACUGGAGACGACAGAUUGUUCCUGGUGUCACCUCUUAUCAUCUCACACGAAAUCAACGAGAAAAGCCCCUUCUGGGAGAUGUCCCGCACCCAACUGGAGAAGGAGGAGUUUGAAAUUGUGGUCAUCCUGGAAGGAAUGGUGGAAGCAACAGGGAUGACUUGCCAGGCUCGCAGCUCCUACAUGGACACUGAGGUGCUGUGGGGACAUCGCUUCACUCCUGUCCUCACCCUGGAGAAGGAUUUUUACGAAGUCGACUAUAACAGCUUCCAUAGCACUUACGAGACCAACACUCCUGUGUGCUGUGCCAAAGAGCUGGCCGAGUCUCGCCGGGAAGGCCAGCUCCUCAGCCACCUCUCCAGUGCCACCCUCCUGAGCGGAGGCAGAGAAGCAGAGACAGCAAAAGAGGAGGAAGAAGAGGAGGAAGAAGGCAAGGAGCCAGCAGGACUGAAUGGAGCCAAUGGGACAGCAGGAGAGGUGAAAGAAGAUAUGCCUGUAUAA